AUGGAAACCAUAUUAGUAACAGGAGGAUCUGGUUUAGUGGGAAAUGGCAUUCGACUAGCUCUGGAAAAUAUUAACGGUCCUCUCAAACGAGAUAAUGAGAAGUGGAUAUUUCUGUCUUCUAAAGAUGUUGAUCUGACGAAUAGUAAUGCUACUCGUGCAUAUUUCGAGCUCACUCGCCCAACUUAUGUAAUCCACUUAGCUGCCAAAGUCGGCGGUCUAUUUGCCAAUAUGUCUGACAAUCUUGAAUUCUUUCGCCAAAAUAUGCAUAUUAAUGACAAUGUAUUGUCAAGUAGUCAUGCGGUUGGUGUAAAGAAGGUUAUUUCAUGUCUUUCAACGUGUAUAUUCCCUGAUCGCACAACUUAUCCAAUUGACGAAACUAUGGUACAUAAUGGACCCCCACAUAAUUCUAAUUAUGGUUAUUCUUAUGCCAAACGCAUGAUUGAUGUAAUGAAUAGAGGGUAUAGUGAGACCUUUGGUGUUCUUUAUACGUCUGUUAUACCUACCAAUGUUUUUGGUCCAUUUGAUAACUUUGACAUUAAUCAAGGACAUGUUCUCCCUGGUCUUAUUCAUAAAGCUUACUUGGCUAAAAAGAAUGGCGAGCCUUUAACUGUAUGGGGUUCUGGUACUCCAUUACGUCAGUUUAUUUAUUCUGUUGAUUUGGGUCAUCUCAUCAUAUGGACUUUACGAGAGUAUAACGAUUCUUCUCCGAUCAUACUUUCUGUACCAGAAAGUGAUGAAAUCUCAAUUCGUCAAGCUGCUGAAGUGGUAGCCAAGGCAAUGGAAUGUCCGAAACUGGUUUUUGAUACAACUAAAGCUGAUGGUCAGUUUAAGAAAACUGCCAAUGCAUCAAAACUUCGCCGACUUUAUCCUGAUUUUAAAUUCACUCCUUUUGAACAAGCUAUUGAAUAUACGUGCAAAUGGUUCCGGGAAAAUUAUGGCACUAUUCGGUGCUAG